AUGCUAGCUUUACCACUCAAAUCACAAUUGAUCCCAUCUGGGUACCUCCCAAGACCACCCAACAAGCUUCGGUUUCACCACAACGUGAGCCUCACUGUCUCCAUCACCGUUGGCACACCCCCACAAAACGUGUCCAUGGUCAUUGACACAGGAAGUGAACUCUCUUGGCUCCAUUGCAACACAACCACCACACGGGUCCUACCCGACCCGAUUUUAAACCCGAAUCUCUCUUCAUCCUACUCACCCAUCUCCUGCUCCUCAUCAACAUGCACAACCCGAACCCGAGACUUCCCCAUACCCGCUUCCUGUGACUCCAACAACCUCUGCCACGCCACUCUCUCAUAUGCUGACUCUUCUUCCUCAGAAGGGAACCUCGCUUCUGACACAUUCGGGUUCGGAUCCUCCAAUAACCCGGGAAUUGUAUUCGGGUGCAUGAACUCAUCUUAUAGUACUAACUCCGAUUCGGACUCCAACAUAACCGGGUUAAUGGGCAUGAAUCUCGGGUCCCUCUCCUUGGUUUCCCAAUUAAAAAUCCCCAAAUUCUCGUACUGCAUAUCGGGAUCCGAUUUCUCGGGAAUUUUACUUCUCGGAGGAUCCAAUUUUUCUUGGGUCGGGUCAUUGAACUACACUCCUUUGGUUCAAAUAUCCACUCCCUUACCCUAUUUCGACAGGUCCGCAUAUACGGUUCGGCUCGAGGGAAUUAAGGUUUCGGAUAAGUUACUAAACAUAUCGGGUACUGCUUUUGUUCCAGACCAUACCGGGGCGGGUCAAACCAUGUUUGAUUUGGGUACCCAAUUCACGUUUUUACUUGGUCCGGUUUAUAAUGUGUUAAGAGAAGAGUUUUCGAGCCAAACGAAUAGUACUUUACGAGCACUGGAUGAUCCGAAUUUUGUGUUUCAAAUAGCAAUGGAUCUUUGUUACCGGGUACCCAUGAACCAAACGAACUUACCCUCGUUACCAAGUGUGAGUUUGGUUUUUGAAGGAGCUGAAAUGCGGGUUUCGGGUGAACAGCUUUUGUAUCGGGUACCCGGUUUGGUUAGGGGGAAUGACUCGGUGUAUUGCUUCACAUUUGGGAACUCGGAUUUGCUAGGUGUGGAGGCAUUUAUCAUCGGUCAUCAGCAACAACAGAACAUCUGGAUGGAGUUUGAUCUUGUCGAAUCUAAGGUUGGUUUUGGUCAUCUACGUUGUGAUUUGGUUGGACAGAGACUACUUGGCUUGGGUUGA